AUGGGCAAACACACGCGUUUUCCCAGUUCUUCUGGGCCAUUGCAAAUAUAUCAAGACGAGAAUGCUACACCCAUGACCAGUCACGCUCCUAUGCCUUCAGUCUCGAAGCAAGGCCGAAGGCCCCUGACUAGCUCAUCCUCAAACGUCGUCUUCAACCCGCCCACCGCCUCGCACAAUGUGCACUCUCCCUUUAAGCAGAGACCUGCUUCCGCGUCGCAAAUACCUUUGACAACUUCCCAAGGCAACAAAUUAAACAUGGUCCCCAUGGCGCCUCCAUCAAGACGAGGUCACACCACGGAUUCCCUGCAAAAGAAGCCUUACCUGUCGAAUUUUAAGACGGGUCCCCAGAAGCACGUCCUCGACAUGGGCUGGGACUUUGGUAAAGAGAACGUCCACCCACAAAUUUUCCCAGCACCUCCUGCCAUUGACAUGUCAGUCGAGAACUACUAUCAAAAACCAAACGGCAAGCGCGCUCUGAUGGAGGCUGCUCCCAUUAAAGAUUCCAGAUCCGCCAAGAAGAUAAAAUCCGAGCCAAUGACUGCGCCAGUGGAAACCGCGAUGGACGCGACAGUUGUUCCUCCUCACGACUCCUUCCCUCCUAUUGUCGACGACGGCAGCAAGCCUGCUUUCAGUUACGCCGACUUGAUCGCCAUGGCUAUCUUCCGAUCUCCCAAUCGAAAGCUCACGCUCUCCCAGAUUUACAAUUGGAUCAGCGACAACUUCUCCUUUUACAGUCCUACCGACGCCGGCUGGCAGAACAGCAUUCGACACAACCUCAGUCUACAGAAGGCCUUCAUGAAAGUCGAGAGACCCAAAGACGACCCUGGCAAGGGCCACUACUGGGUGAUCAAGCCUGGCUACGAAGCGCAAUACUUGAACAAGAAGCCGACUCGCAAAUCCGCCUCUGGCUCAGACAGCCUCCACGUUAUUUCGACUCGCCUCGAGCCCUCUCGUCCGGCUUCUGCGCCGACACAGGAGCCCACGCUACCUCCCCCCGUGCCCGUCAGUCAGUCCGCUCUACCGCCCCUUCCAACUUCUCAGGCCACCAUGUCGAUGCCCGUGGAUCUCUCGUCCGAUGCUACAAUUCCCGUCUCCGAUAACAUUGGCCCCGAAGAUGUCGUGGACAAGGUUGAGCACGACGUUUCUCUCGAUUCCUAUCUCUACUCGCCACUACCUGCCGCUAUGCAUUCGUCACCGCCUGUCUCCCGCCAUGUGGAUCACCAGAGCAAUACACCCCCUCCGCUUGCCCGAAACUUGGCUUCGUCCGUCUCACGAUCCCAUAGGCGCAAAGUUGCAUCCAUGGAUGAUAGUGGAUACAUCUCUUCCCUCGAAUCUUCGGCCAUCCGACCCAGCCAGAAGUUUAUGCUCACAUCGGAAGCUGAUCGACCACGAAACAAGUCAAGGGGUCGAGCCGAGGAAGAGAUUGCCCGUCUCCGAAACUCUUCGCCUUUCAGCCCAAGCAAGACACGGUAUCACUCAGUCAUGCCACCAGUCUCUUCGUCGCCUCUGCGACCAGCCUACGAGAAACAGAUGCUGCCACCAAUUACGCCCAUGGUCAAGCUUAACCCUCCGCCGCGUCCUCCCCCAUCAGCGUCCCCUAACACCAAUCUUCGACUUCACCGCGACAGAAUGCGAAACCUGCUCCAGUCGCCCGAGCGCAAGGUUGGGGGUAACUCUGAGCUUACACCUUACAGCCCUGCUUUCGAUCUGGGCACGGAUGUCUACCAGUCAAUUUACGGCGCUUCUAUUCUGAGUGACGCGGAUUUUACCAUCAGUCAAGAUCUCGCUGGAUUUGACGGUAUUGAUGAUGCUGCAUUCGCUGCCAUGAGCUCAGUGGAUGCUGGAUCUCCCAUCAAGCGCUCAGUCAAACGCGCUCGUUUUGAUCGCACCGUAUCUGCGUCGGUUCUAGGUGAUAUCACCAACUCGGCGACCAAGAAGCCUAUUGCUUCCGCGCCUCUUCUGAGACCCCCCGAGCAGUCUCUUCAAUACGAUACGCCGAGCAAAGCGUUUGAAGGCCUGAGUUCGCCUAGCAAGAUGUUCCAGGAAUCGCCUAUCCGAAACAACCAAUCACCCUCCAAAUUCGCCAACUUCCUCAAUGUCAAUUUGGACAGCAGUGACUGGGCAUCCUCGGCUCUUCUAGGCCAACUGGACUUUGUGCCCCCUAGCCCUGGUGGUGUUUCCACCGACAUGUCCAGUUUCGACAUUUUCAAGGGGUUUGACAAGAUUGGCUCGACAUCACAGGCAAACAAGAACAACACAUCGAGGAGCAACAAGCCCGGACUACCCCGAAGCUUUUCGACCCAAUUUUAA